AGUAGUCUGCUCCUCACAGCGGUCGUUGUAGGCCGUUAUCUGAGCAUCGCCUACCCCAUAACCUACAAGAUCUACCGCAGAGCCCGUACCUCUUGCCUGACACACCCCAAGAUGAGACAGUAUUAUAACUGAUAAACAAGCAUGCUGAAGGUUACUACCUGAAAUGAGAAGGGAGCCAGACCAUCAACUAUAGAGUCUUGGGCUAGAGAUGCCAAAAUGAAUGUCUAGCUUCUGGAGGCACUGGAUUGCUGAUGUAAUUGUGCCAUCACAAAGAGUACCGAGGGUACUGAGGAAUCUCUAAAUCUAAAGAACCUGAAGGGGUUUCAAAACUUUCAAAACAUCUCUACAAGCAGACAACAAUGUCCAACAAUUAUACUGACUCACCCACAACAGUGUUUCUCACAAUAUAUAUCAUUACAUUCUUGAUUGGCUUCCCUCAUACUACACUGGCAUUCUGCACAUCCAUUCGCAAGAUUCACAAUAAACCUAUACCUAUGACAUUUUUUAUGUUGAACCUUGCUGUAUCUGACCUCAUUUUCCUCACUUUCCUACCUGUCAAGAUGAAAGAGGCAGCGGAUAACAUGGUUUGGAACAUGCCCUAUAGCCUGUGCCACUUCAACCUUUUCAUGUUCUUUCUUCCAAUCUACUCUAGCAGUCUGUUCUUGGCAGCGAUUAGCGCUGAGCGAUACGUGUGCGUAACAUUUCCAGUAAAGUAUAAAAGUCCAAGGAGAAUCACUUAUACAAUCCUAAUAUGUGUUUUCAUAUGGGUGCUUGUUAUAGUAACUACAGUGUUUGCUUACAAGGCUGCAUACACAGAUUCUGAUGAAGUGGACAACACUACUAAUCAGGGCCCCUUGGUGACAGAACCUCAACAGUGUUUCUUUAACUUCACUGGAAAGCAACUCAAAGAUCUGCUUAAAAUGCGGCUGGUAGCUGUAGUGCUGUUUUUCUGUGCACCCCUCAUCAUUUGCUGCUUCUGCUACAUCAGUGUUAUUCGUAUUUUGUCAAAGCUCCCUCUCAUUAGACGUUGUCGCAGGCUCCGUGCAAUUGGAUUGGCUCUGGGGACACUCCUUGUGUUUGCAAUUUGUUUUGCACCCUUCAGUGUGUCACACUUAGUAGGCUACGUCAGACAAGAAAACCCAAAAUGGCGCAUGAAAGCAUUAAUGCUGAGCACUUUAAAUGCAUGUUUUGACCCUAUUAUAUUUUUCUGUAUAUCUUCUGAGAUGAGAAUGGCAAUCAAAGACUGUAUGAAGGGCAUUUUUCGGUUUUAUACCUAUAUAAAGCGAUUUUUGCUGCUGUUGUUGUAUGCUUAAAUAUUUGCACCACCAAAAUGUAUUUUAAUUAAAUUACGAAAAACAAAAAUGCACAGAUAUCAGUCAUACUAUCUUGACAAUGAUGUUUCCAUGAUAAUGUUUGUAAGCUGAAGGUUUCUUAUAACUUUUGAUCAUAAUUGUUUCAUAAUAAACUU